AUGGGUUGUUGUGUUAGCACCACCACUGAACCUUCAAAGCUGAAAAAACAGCAACAUUCUCAAGUAGGAUCUGAAUCUUUGAAGCAAACCAAGUCGCCACCUCCUUCUCUUUACCAAGAAGAAACUGUAAAAGAAGUCCUCUCUGAAAUCCCAAAACCACCACAGAAUCCCAUCAAGAAUCCACACCAGGAAACUGACCUGCAACAACAAGAAGUCCCCAAGAAGGAAAGAAUCCACAUUGACCCAGCAUUUCUCGAUGAGAUCAAGAUUCAAGAGAACAAGUUCCAGAACCAUGAAAAAAUUUCGGAAGAAGAAGUUCAUCAUCAAGUUCAGAUCUUUGAACAAGAUGAAUCUGAAGUUUGCAGCUUGAGCUAUAGUGAAAGCAUCUCAACAACAACAACGAACAACAAUGACAGAAGAGACUAUUAUGAUGAUGAGAAUGAGGUUAAGCAAAGAGUGUCUAGAUCUCCAUUGCCACCAAGAAACCGGGUUUCAGGUGAAUUGGGUCCAAGAAAGGACCGGGUCGUGGGCAGGUCACCCACCCGGAGAACAACAGAACAGUCACCAAGCAAGAGAAAUGGUGCAAUGAAAGGUGGGCCAGUGAGGUUGGUUCAGGGCCGGGAAACGGGUUCCGGCCAAGUGGGAGUUAGGAGGGGUUUGAGACCCGACCCGAACAGGAGAGACCCGGGUGAAGGGUCAGCGAGAAGGUCCAGGUCACCGGCUACAAAUAGAUCUUUAAUGGGUCGGAGCCCAUCCACUAGAAGGACAAACCGGUCCCCAGGCCGGGUCAGGAAGGAUCCCAACGAGGGUGGCGGUAGUAGCGGUAACAAGGAUAAUGGCAUGGAGGCCAAGUGGCCAAGCACUAAUAAUAGUGAUGAUAAUGGGACUCAAAACGAGUCACUAGAAAACCCUCUGGUGUCACUUGAGUGCUUUAUCUUUCUUUAA